CAGACGCAAGCCAGACGCCAUGGUCCGGGCCCGGCGCCGACGGCAAACCGGCGCCUCCAAGCUCGCCAGCUAUCAAUCCAGCCUGGCGCUGCGCGCCGAGGUAGCGGCGACUGUGGCGGAGCUACGGUGCGAGGCGACGGCGGCGUCCUUCCAGGAGAGUGUUCGCGUGCCACUCCGCCUUCGUCCCCGCUCUGUCGUCGCCACGCCCGAGCCCGUCGCAGCGAUAACCAGAUUGGCAAUGGACCGCACGCCGGACGUCGCGCUCGUGUUCGCCAAGACCCAUGUGAUCCACCAAGCCCAGCCGUCUCUCGCUGACAUCUGUCUCCAUGCGAUCGCCGACCAAUUCGACUGCCUCGACGAAGCUUGCGACGAUACGCGCGCAGCGCUGGGCAUGCUGCCGCCGUCGCAGCUCGCGCGGCUCUCAGUCCUCGCCACAUGGUACAAGCGCUGGACGCACGCUGCGCAAGUGACGCUUCUCGGGACACCAACGAUCGAGUCGCUCUGCGUUGGAUCGCUCUCGUUGCAAGCGGUGUUGCCGCUGCUAUCGCCACGUAGUGACAUGGCAGUCGACGACGACGCGUCAUGGGAAGACGCGACCGAGAUCUCGGUGACGUGGCACGGCUGUCCGCGGCUUCGAUCGCUCGAGCUCGUACAGUGCCGGUCACUCACGGGCGCCGUCUUCGAGGCGUUUCCCGCGCUCGAGCACUUUGCGCUCGUCGGCAACUCGGAGUUUGAUGCGAUCGACGCGAACUUGUUGCUCUUGCUGCCCAUGUCGCUGCAAACUCUGUCUGUCCUUGGGUGUCCGUGGCUCACGACCGACAAGGUGCUAGCGUUUAUGCGCCAGCGCCAGUCGCUGCUUAAAGGCGCGCACCUCACAUGCGUCCGGCUCCUCGAAUGCCACCGUGUCGAUAGCCAAGUCGUGCACAGGCUCUGGCGGCAGCACCUGCCGACCGUCCAACUUGUGCUCGACUAGAAUGACAGCUUAUGACAUGUACAACGUCAUGGUUACAACUCGCCGUCGCGGACUUUAACUCAAUAGUGAAUUGUGCAAUUUUG